CUUUCAAAAGAAAUUAAUUAGCCUCUAUAAACACGUUUAAUCUGAAAACCAGCUCAGAGUUGGAGGACCAAAUAGGGAUCCCAAAAUAGAGUCAAGAACAUUCUGCACUCAAACAGCAUCAAAUAAAAAUUUCAUCAAUAAAUAUUAAGGAAAAUAGAUGAUUUGUCUGUGCCGAUCCAUGACUAUGACUAAUAAUUAAGCUACCUGAAGCUGUAGCAUUGAAAGUGCCAAAUGAAAAAACCAAAAGAAAAAUAUAGUCCAGACAUUAAUUCACUCUUGGUCUUCACGAGCUUAUUAAAUAAGGCGUCAGUCACAAUGGAAUUUCUUGUGCAGCAAAGUAAUAUCUGUUAAAGUACCACACAAGCAGGAGGAAAAGAACAUAGAUUAUUGGCCUACUCAAAAAAUUUCAUUCUAUAUAUUAUGUUUACCUGCUUUCCUUUGAAGGGGUCCUACGUACUCUUUCAGACAGCAAACAACAAAGAAAAUUGCAGCCAUGGCAGAUAAAAGUCGAACAAUCUUUUCAGCUCUUGACGAUGCUAAAACUCAAGCAUACCAUUAUAAGGCAAUUGUGAUUGCUGGUAUGGGAUUCUUCACCGAUGCUUAUGAUCUCUUCUGCAUCACUGCCGUCACCAAACUUAUAGGCCGCCUGUACUACUUUGACCCCUCCACUAAUGCUCCUGGGGCUCUACCCAAAAAUAUUAGCAAUGCCAUAACUGGAGUUGCUUUAUGUGGAACCCUUGCAGGGCAACUCUUCUUUGGCUGGCUAGGUGAUAAGCUUGGCCGGAAGAAAGUCUAUGGAAUUACUUUGGUAACCAUGGUGGGAUGUGCUCUGGCAUCUGGCCUUUCCUUUGGCUCUACGGCUCAUGGUGUGAUAGCAACUCUAUGCUUCUUCCGCUUCUGGCUCGGAUUCGGCAUUGGAGGAGAUUAUCCUCUCUCAGCUGUUAUCAUGUCUGAAUAUGCUAACCAGAAGACCAGAGGAGCUUUCAUUGCUGCUGUCUUUGCAAUGCAAGGAAUUGGAAUAUUGGUUGCUGGCGCUGUAGCAAUGCUAGUCUCCAAGUUAUUCUUAGUUGCUUACCCAGCUGAUAACUUUGGAACAGACAGUAUCCUUUCUACUCAACCAGAAGGAGAUUUUGUUUGGCGGAUUGUGCUCAUGUUCGGCGCAAUCCCAGCAGCUCUGACAUACUAUUGGCGACUGAAAAUGCCCGAAACUGCAAGGUACACUGCGUUGGUAGAAGGAGACCACAACAAGGCUGUAGAAGAUAUGGCCAAAGUCCUUGAGCAUGACAUAACGUUUGACGAUCCAGAUACCAAACUUCCUGUAAAACCCAAUUCCUUAUAUGAAUUCUUCUCAAGGGAAUUUGUUCGAAAACAUGGUCUGCAUCUCCUAGGCACUGCCACUACUUGGUUCUUGCUAGACAUUGCCUUCUACAGUCUCCAACUCACACAGAAAGACAUCUACCCAGCAAGUGGGCUUUUACCAAAAGCAGCAAAAAUGAACGCCAUUGAAGAAGUUUACGAGCUCUCCAAAGUCAUGUUUCUAGUAGCACUGGCAGCAACUGUUCCUGGGUACUGGUUCACCGUCUUCUUCAUCGACAGGAUUGGAAGAUCCAUAAUCCAGCUCGGAGGCUUCCUCAUCAUGUCCAUUUCCAUGGCGAUUAUGGGUUACUACUACAAGGACUUUAGAGGAGAAAAAAAGUGCGACCCACUUUCAAAUUCCAACAAAGAUUACUGUGACGGAAAAACAGCAUUGUUCAUCAUUCUGUACGGAACCACCCUCUUCUUCGCAAAUUUCGGACCCAACAGCACAACAUUCAUCGUCCCAGCUGAGCUUUUUCCUGCUAGAUUCAGGUCUACCUGCCAUGGAAUCUCAGCGGCAGCAGGAAAAGCAGGAGCCAUUAUCGGAGCGUUCUUGGUGCAGAGCUAUACCAGCGACGACGGUAAGGUUCAGAAGGCAAUCAUAGCACUCGCUGUGGUGAACUUGGUGGGGUUCGUCUUCUCCUUCUUGGUUCCUGAAACAAUGGGUCGGUCACUGGAGGAGAUAUCAGGAGAGGAUAAAGGUGUUGGAGGAGGAAAUGGGGUUACAGCCAAUGCAGCAGAUGAUCAGAAACCAAAAAACUCCACUGCUGACAAGUCUGAUUCUGAAUCUAUUAUGGUUUAGUUUGUGGGAUUAAAGCAUGCAUGAAUAAAAUUGUCUUUUUAAGAACAGUAAUAAUAACAAUGAAUAACAAGAGUUUUGCAUGGAAGAGUGAUUUCAUGGUUAUGAGUGCUUCUCUUCCUCUGUUUGCUCUGUUUUCUGUAUUUUAAGAUUGAAAAGUUGGAAUAAAAUAUAAAUCGUACUUGUUUCAGCUUCUUGCAUGUGUCUGUCACAUUUGUUGUAAUGGGUGACAAACGUAUAGUGUUUUGGUAAUAUGCAAACAUUGCAAUCUCUCAUAGCUGAGAGACUGUCUUAUUUCCUUCAUUCCUUUUUUUUUUUUCUUCUUUUUUUUCUUUCAUUUAGAUUACAUAUAAUAGAGCAGACAGCAUAUAUGAUCUCACCAGUCUUUUGCAUAUCAUAGCAAAAUCAUAUAUAAAAUUUUGUUAGGCAUUUAGUGCGGGCAAGUGUGAUUACGUGUGUAUCAUUUUAUACCAAUUCUAUGUAAUAAUGUUGAUCUCGUCUCAACACAUGAACAAUGACCAAAGCCCAAGCUAGCCUAGCCCAGGGAAACAACAAAGAAGGCCCGGCUUAAGGCAUAGGCCACUAAGGCAUAUGCCUAGGGCCCCCACUUUAUUGGGGCCCCAAAAAAUAUUUUUCCUAUAAACUAUAUAUAUAUGUACAUAUGUUUUUUGGAUUUAUAUGUUGAACAAAGAUUACAUUUUGGAUUUAGCUCACACGUUGAAAAAUCCAUUACUUUCAGCUAAAUAGAAAUCACAAAAAAGACACAGUGGCACAAAAGUUUUGCUUAGGCUCAUAUUUUGAAUGAUGAGCAAUAAAAAGAAAACAACAUUACACAGUUGGUAUAGAAAAAUACACCACUUUACAAGUAACUCUCUUCCAAUAACAGUUAAUUUUGGAUGGAAAAGUCUUGUAACAUAACCUUUAACUAGUUCUAAUUUCAUA